CAUAUUCUACCACUCUUGAGCCGCACCUGACAAUUUGUGUAACUGAUAUACGCAUUCACGACUUGUAAACAUGGCAGAAAUGAGUCCUGGACUGAAAUAGAAGAAACACGAUAGCCUAACAAGGUAAACUUUCUGAAACCUACCAAUGAUGGCACAUCAACGUCAUUUAGAGAAGGCAAAGUUCAGACAAUGGGUAAAGGCCGGACUUGGUUUGGAUUAUCUAAGAGAAGGGCUUUUGCCUUUUUGCGACGAAAUUGUAAAUCGACAUCAUACGGCCAUUUUAGAUGACAUAAAACAGAAAGUCAAUUUAUCGACCGUCACAUGUGGUCAUUGUACAGUGAAAACCCUUAAACCGGAUCAUGUUAAUGCUGGAUACAAACAAUGCCCAUUUGGUCAAGUAAACUGUAACUGUUGCUUUCCGUCAGCUAAAACUUCUUGUCCAAAUAACGUGUGUGGCGCGAUCUAUGACGCCAUAACAAAAAGUCAUGGGUCUACUCCACCAGCUCCGAACUGGAAAAACUCAAACACGGAGAAAUGGUGUACGGAUCCCUGGUCUAUAGCGAAAUGUUUUAUUAGCGCUCCUGGAUACGAUCAGAAGAUAACAGCUGCCGAUAUCGACUGUACAGGGAUAUUGCAUAUCAUAAUAAACAAUCAAUAUUUUCAUAACCACAUCAUGCAAUCGAUUGAUGGAAGUGAUCUGUUUUCAAAGGUCAGACAGCAUAGAAACAAGAUUUUCCACUCAAGUACAAUGGAGUUAGAGGAAAAUGAUGCAAACAGGUACAUAGAUGAAAUGAUAGCUGUUCUACAGGAUGGAAAGGAACUGAACAAUCGACAGGAUACCAAGAAUGCUGUAAAGAAACUCCAAGACUUGAAGAAAGACAAUUUUAUCGUCACAACAAAAAAUGAAGCAGAUGUUUGCAAAGCUGGCAUAGAAUCACUCAAUGCUAAGAUAGCUGUGUUAAGUGAAACACUAGAGAAUGCAGCUACGACUGAAGCCGUUCAAGACUUAGAAACGCGAGUUAAAACAUUGGAAGAAUAUAUGGCUGAAGUUAGAGAGGAAUUGAAAGACCUCAAAACCGACAGAGCUUCAAAGCAGGACUUAUAUGCUUACAUCAAGCGCAAAUUAGAAUAUCAGACAGAGUUGAUAUGCUACUACAAAAAAUAUAUGCUACAAGUGUCUGCAAUGCCGUUCGAGCCGGAGGAUAAGCACUGUAACUUUAACGACGUGUAUGUCCAACAAUGCAUGACUUCUGAGACAACAGAUAAUAGAAGAAGGUCAAAAGAGGUAAAAAUUUCAUCAAUGUCUGAUAUCUUCAAAAAAGACGGAAACUCUGUGAAAUCCAUCUUUGUACUCGGAGAUGCAGGAUCCGGGAAAACAUUUCUUUGCAAAAGUUUGAUAAACUACUGGUGUUUGGCACAUUCGGGAGAUCAGGAGAUUAAAGAUGAGUUCGAUGGAAUCGAGGAAAUGAAAAACUUUGAGUUUGUGUUUUAUAUUUCUCUUCGUCACUGUAAAGUCGAGGUCACAAUCAAGGAAAUGCUAAAAAAGCAAUACGAUAAUGAAUUUGUGGAAACUCUUUUACAUAAGGAAUCCGCUAGUAUUCUUAUUGUACUGGACGGUUUAGAUGAAUGGACUUCAACAUCUGCGUUAUCUAAUCAGUGUCUUCCAUUUGACCCUUUCAAAGAUUAUACUGUCCUAUUUACGUCAAGAUUAUGGCAUAUUAGGUACAGAAACAAGAUAAAACAAAAAAUUGUACUUACAGGGUUUGAUAACACAUCUGUAAAUAACAUGAUUGACAAAACUGUUCCGAUAUUAAAUGAUAUUUUUCAUAAAGAAGAAAAAUCAGAAAACUGCAAAAAUGAACUUGAUGAAUAUUCGUUCAAAGAUAUAAGGCAUAUACCGAUAAUGUUGCAACAACUGAUAUGCCUAUGGUUUGAUGGCAAACUUUAUGAAACUUCAAAAUGUGUUAUUUACACUAGAAUGUUGGAUCUUGUCUUUGUAUGGCAUGAUAAACAUUUUCCCACCGAUCCUUUAUUCAAAACAGUAAAGGAAAUAUCAGAGUCUUCUAGAGCUAUGGAAGAACUCCCUGACAUUUUUACUGAAUUAAGUACUGAGAUGUGCAUGUCAUACACAUAUCUUAUUCAGAUUAUGUCAGAGUUAGCGUAUGAAACAACGUUUAAUAAGAAACCGUCUUUGACAUUUGACCCAUCUACAUUUGAGCAACUGAAAAUGUCGGACAAAGCAAGGGACUGUUGUUUAAAGCUAGGGAUUUUAACUAAGGAAAUUCGCCCAAGUUUGUCUGCAAGUGAGUGUCAUAAACUUUCGUUCUCAUUUGUUCACACGUCAGUACAUGAGUUUCUAGCUGCUAUGUAUAUUGCCAUCAAAUUUAACUCGACAAAGAGAGGGAAAGCUAUUACCUCUGAAAUUUGUAGACAGUUUCUUAAAGAUGUCUUUAAGUGUAGGACUGUUGAUGACAUUUUUGAACAAGCAAAUAUAUUAAUCAUGCUUUGUGGUUUCGAACCUAAAAUAGCCUCAUCCUUGUCAAAAUAUGUUUAUGAUAUUUGUUCAAGUGAUGGACUUUUUCUAGAAUAUAGAGAAAACAUAGAAAAUCAAUCUACUCACUACAAACGUGUGUCAGAUAUCCAACAGUUUAUUCAAAACUCUAUGAAAGAAGUAGAGGUACGCAAAAAAGAUAUAAAGCCAAUGUUUUAUCUGGGUGAUAUUGUUGUGGACGAAAAUACAGUGGGCGGUUAUGUCUCUGCAAAUCUUGAUAAAGAGUACAUGUUUUCUGACACUGUCCUUUCGUUUAGAAUCAAUAUACAGAGUAAUGCCCAGUAUCUUGGAAAAAUAUUCAAAUAUAUACCAAAAUGUCGGCAACUUGAAGCAGUAUGCAUACAUUUGAGUGAUUAUUAUCCAGAUGAUAAUGACGAUAUUAACUAUGAUAUCUAUGAGAUAUUUGAUGUAAAUGCUUCAAAACUGAAAGCAGUGUCUCUUUCCUUCAAGUUUGAAAAUAAAUACGAUGCGAUAUCCAGAACAAUUAUCCGCCGGCUUCCCGACACAGAACAAUUGAUCGCAUUAAACAUGGAAGGUGUUAAUUUGACACAUACAAACUGCGACGUCCUGUGCACAUUCAUAUCUGGUACCAGUCGUCUCGAACAAAUAUCACUCAAAAUAAUGUGUGAAUGCAAAAAGCAGCACGAAUUAGAUGUGUCCCAGCAUAAAAAACUAAAGUAUCUUAACUUUGAUAAUCAGGUACUUGUGAAAUCUGCCAACGCUUCAAAUCUAGAGAGAUUUAAAUUCUCUGAUCUGAACAGAAGUAAUUUUAUGACAAUAUUUGGUAUUCUCAAAAGAUCAAACAAUCUCAGAGAGCUUGAAAUGGGACUUGCCUCUGGACCACUUGAAAGUGAAAGUAUCACAAGCGAUCUUGUCACACUGUUACAGUCACUGCGCCAGCUGUUUCAACUCAAAUUACGUAACUUUGCUUUUGUUAGCAGUAUAUUCAAUAGUUCUUCUGAGAUGGUCAAUUUGGAACAUAUUUACCUUUAUGAUGUACGAAUUAGUGAAGUUGCAUGGCGUGUGUUUGUUGACACUCUUUGUAAUAUUACACACCCUGUAAAUGUAAAUGCAUGGUGUUUGUGUAUUACACACGAUGAGAAGGGUUGUAGUAGCUCUGAAGUAGACAGGAAAUAUACAGCUGGAUUGCAGUAUGUUCGAGAAAAAGGGGAGUGUUUUAAUGUGGCAGAAGAAUCAAAUGAAUCGUUCAUUUUUUCAAGAAACGUUUGUCACUAAUUUUUAUUUAAGCAGUAGGCGAAUAUUUCACUAAGACAGAGAAAAAUUUAUGUUAGGAUUGCAUCACAAUUUACUUGUGAAACAUUAAAUAGUGCAUUUAAUUGCUCAGCAUACAAAUGACAGAAAUGAUAUGUGAAUGCCCAACAUAAACAAUGUAUUCAAAUCAUCAUGAAUCCCUUCUGUUAAGUUUUGCCCAUUCGCCGUCCAGCAUCGGAGAUAUUGUGUCCGACUUUUGUCAGAUAUCCGUCAGUAAUUUAUCAACAUUUUCUUUAAGUUGCACCGCCUCUGAAGCCAUGUAUUAUUGAAAUGGAUGAUCUUCGAAUAGGCUUUUACAGUUUUAUUUCAAAAUUAAUCAAACUGUUCUGCUCGGUUCGUCAACGAUGUUUUCGACAUACACAGCUACAAGUAUUUCUCGUCGAGAAAUGAAAUAUAUAACUAUCGAUGAACGUACUGUUUCAUACGUAAAUAAUUGUCAACUUAGUGUUUGUUAAGUGACACAAAAGGGAGACAAAUUACGCCAGGUGGGUUAAUGCCGAUAGUAUAAGUCUCAGCUAUUUCUAAGGCUCUAAAUGCUAUUUUUCAUAGUAAUUGUUUAAAUAUAAUGACGAUAAUGGAAACUAUUGACGUUUCCGGUUCCAUUGUAACUUAACGGAAUAUAAAAAUGUUUGUGCCAUUGUAAGAUAUAUAUAUAUGACAGUAUUAAUGUCUUGUUUUAUGAAAUUUCAAAGAAAUACUUCCAAAAAGUAAAAGUGUCUGUCUGCAAGUGACCUGUCAUAAGAUGUUAAAAAUGCAUAUGAUGGUGAGAUACAUUAUUGACAUGAAUAAAACAAUGUUGUAUGUUUUAUAAACGUUUGUACUCCAUUGAAUAUGAAUUUUUUUGUUUGUUAAUUUUUCUUUACCAUAAAUACCGUAUUUUUACUGCAAGUAUGAAAGUAGCAUGUAGUAAUGAAAUGGAGGUCUUUCAGCACGGAAACGAGAAUAAAAUAAAAGGAAGAGCGUUUUCUUCUUCCAAUCCACAUUCACAUUUAGAUGAAAUAUUAUGUGAAGAGCAAAUUAUAUUGCCUGUAUUUCUCAAUUUAAAAACAUCCAAUCCCCAUCUUCCACUAAGAUAGUGUUUUAGAUAUUUAUUUCAAACGAAGAAAAUCAUCCACAAAUGUAUUUAAUUUUAAUUGUGUAUGUAGAUCUGUAUCUUUAAUUAUAAAUAUAUAAAUCUGGUAUAAUAAUAAUAAUAAUAAUAAUAAUAAUAAUAAUGAUUAAGUGUCAAAAACCAACACCUGUUUGUUAAGAUAACGUCCAGUUUUUAUUGUGAUAGUACCCAUUUAUACCUAUUUCUAGACUGUAUGUCCUUAUAAUACAACACAGACAUAUACAAACACUAAUAAAUGCGUAUCUUUGGUAAUGGCAAAAUAUAAUUAUAAUGCCAUUUUUAUUUUUCGCAACAUGAUAUUACUACAAAUCUUAGGAAAAAGAAAAGCUGAAUUAGUUACUAAAACAAUAUAUGUAUAUAUUUAGUCAAGAAAAUUUGUAUGCAAUUGUAAGCACUGAUAUUGUCAUGUCACGCUCAAUAUUCUGGCCUUCGUUUUUCGAUAAGUAAUUAAUGACAUUUUUAACACUUACGAUAUUUGUUUCUGUUAGACAUGUAACGGAUUGCAGUAUUUUUUUUUGAUAAUUUUAUCAUAAACAUACUACCUUUUAUGUAAAAAUUAGUUGUUAAGCUAAAACCUUAUUAUAAUUCAAACUUCAUACAGUCUGUUUGACUUUUGUAUACGCAAUGAAAAGAUGAUGAGGCAACAAUAUAUAGCCGUUGUCUCCCCUGAUACCGAUUUUCUGUGAUACCGAUCCGGAGGU